UUCAUUUUAAACAAAAAUCUCGGAUUCUUGUGUCCCGUCAAAUCCAUGGCGGUUCCGCUCGGACGUUUGAGCCCUGAGGCCUUCGAGUUUUUCUAAACCCAGGGAUUUAAGGAGUCGGGGGUAGUGAAGAUCCCGGAACGAUUCCUUCUCGGAACCACCGAGGCGUGUCCUCAGGGAACUUUUUGAGGAGCGGACCGCGCAGGGCCAAAGCCGGGCGGGGAAAGAUGGCGGCGGAGGCGGUGGACGCGGGUUCGAAGGCCGCCAUCCCUGUGGAGCUGCGGCGCGAUCGGCGGUUGGUGUGCGUGGAGUACCCGGGUGUUGUGCGUAACGUGGCCAAGAUGCUGCCAACGCUGGGCGGCGAGGAAGGCGUCUCUAGAAUCUUUGCAGACCCCACGAAGAGGUUGGAGCUCUACUUCCGGCCCAAGGAUCCGUACUGCCACCCUGUGUGUGCUAACCGCUUCAGUACCAGCAGCCUGCUGCUCCGCAUCAGGAAGAGGACCAGGCGGCAAAGUGCCAUGCUGGGGGCUGACGCCCAACCUCAGGUCACGUUUGACUUGGAUAUCCUUGGAGUCGUCUCUACCAUUUACAAAUUUCAGGGAAUGUCUGACUUCCAGUACUUGGCAGUGCACACAGAAGAGGGUGGCAGGCACGUGUCGAUGUAUGACAAAGUGCUCAUGCUCAAGCCUGAGAAGGAGGACUUCUUCCACCAGGAGCUGCCACUCUACAUCCCCCCGCCCAUCUUUUCCCGGCUGGACACCCCGGUGGACUACUACUAUCGCCCCGAGGCGCAGCACCGGGAAGGCUAUCACAAUCCUCCCAUCUCAAGUGAGAACCUGAUUGGGCUGAGUCGGGCCCGGCGCCCCCACAAUGCCAUCUUUGUCAACUUUGAGGACCCUGAGGUGCCUGUGCAGCCUUUGGAGGCCGCAGUGCAGACAUGGAAGAAGGCCUGCACCAACCCCAUAGAUCAGGAAGUGGAAGAGGAGCUGAGGAAGCUCUUUGACCUCCGUCCUAUCUGGUCACGAAAUGCUGUCAAGUCUAACAUCAGUAUCCACCCUGACAAGCUCAAGAUCUUGCUUCCUUAUAUGGCCUAUUACAUGAUAACAGGCCCAUGGAGAAGCCUGUGGAUUCGAUUUGGCUAUGAUCCCCGGAAACACACAGAAGCCAAAAUUUAUCAAGUCCUUGACUUCAGAAUCCGUUGUGGAAUGAAAUAUGGUUACGGCUCCAGGGAUAUGCCUGUCAAAGCGAAGCGCAGCACCUACAACUACAGCCUUCCCAUCACCGUCAAGAAGACGUCCAACCAGCUUGUCACCAUGAGUGAUCUGAAGCAGGGCCUGGGCCCAUCAGGGACAGCUGGCCCACGGAAAUUGAUCUCCAAUAAGUACAAGCUCAAGGACUCUGUUUACAUCUUCCGGGAGGGGUCCCUGCCACCCUACCGACAGAUGUUCUAUCAGCUGUGUGAUUUGAACGUGGAAGAGUUGCAGAAUAUCAUCCACCGUAAUGAUGGGACAGAAACUCUUUGCACGGAGCGUGAUGGGUGGUGCCUCCCCAAGACCACAGACCACCUGAGGGACACCAUGUCUCUCAUGAUCCUGCACACCAUCCGCUCCAAGAGGCCUGCGCUCUUCUCCAGCCCGGAGAAGGCUGAUGGGGCAAAAGGGCAGAUGAUGUUCGAAUCUGGGGAGGAGGAGGAGGAAGAAGAAGAAGAGGAGUUCAAGCCUUCAGAUGGGAGUGAAAAUGAGAUGGAAACAGAGAUUCUGGAUUACGUGUGACAAAGCUCUGGUUCCUUGGCUGACCAGGGACAUACGGGGCACUUGGACAGGCCUGUGCCACCAUUCCAUUGGGUGAGAUGAGGAUGUUGGAGUGACCCCAGGCAAGGCUCAUCCUGACUUCAAAUGACCCACUCUUCAGCAGUUCCCUGGAAACAGUCUCUAUUGUCUUACAGUUUCCCGGUGUGCAGCCGGAGGCAGUCUUGUCUCUGCCAAGCCCACCUCCCUGGAGGGUACUCAAUGCAUGCCCUCCCAUGACCACAGGGCAGGAGCACUAUUUCCAAGCUGGCAAUGGGUCAUUAGUCUGCAUCUGUAGGCUCAAGUUCCUUCAGCAGUUUGGCAUGUAGUCAAGUCAACUAACUCCAAAGCCAAACACCUCCAGCCAGCCCCAUCCUGCUGACAAGAUUGGAAACUCAGUGUUUCAUUUGGCCCACAAUGGCCAUUCUUGGGAACCAGCCUUGCAUGGGGGAGGCAAGACAGAACUUCACUGUCCCCUGAUGACCUUGCUUCCUGCUGCUAUGGAGAAAGCUCAGCCUAGAGGUAGAGGUGAGAAGUAGUUCUUCGUAAAGACCAGCCAGCCUGGCCUGCUCUCCCCUCCCUGUGGGACUUCUCUUGAAGCAGACAGUCCCUUUCAGGAAGUCUCAUUUCUGAGCUGCUGCCUAGCUUGGUCCUCUGGAGGGUGUCUGGGUUCUGUAACCAUCUUCCCACACAGAAUGCCUUGAUCCUGUGCAAAUCUGAGAAAGGCUCCAAAGCCUGGACCCUAAAACCCUGUCUGUAGCUAGGACUUACUCCAGAGGGAGUCCUGGGCACUGUCAGGCCCUCCUUAGCCCUGUCAGACUAGAAGGGCGCCCCACGAGCUACUCAAGUUCAAAAGUACAAUAAUUCCUUUCCUAGAAACCCUCCUUUAAAUAAAAGUUUGGGUGUUUUUUUU